CGGAAUUACGGCAGCGACCGCACACGCAGUGUGUCAGUGUGUACAAACAUGCGGAGAUUAUCAUCCGUGAGACGAGCAGUGUGUGCGAAUGUGCAGGAACGCGACGGAGACAAAUAGAGACAAAUGUGCGGCACGUUGCGUGUCUCGUCUAGCCCGGUUUCUGGCUGACUACAAACUGUCCUCCUCGGUGUCUCGAGAGAAAUAACAGCAGCCAUGGAGAAGCAGCGCGAGCAGCAAGUGAAGGGGACAUCGCGGAAAUCCAAGGCCACUAAGCACAAGGAUAAAAAGCGAGCCGCAGGGAAAGCGUUCCGUAAAAAGUCGUUCAAAUCAGUCGGGACUUUCGUGGCGAAGAUUUUCAAAAGUUUAGGCGCCUGGACUCACGGCAGAGACGCGGCCGAGCCGCUGGACGCAGAGGACGAUGACGGCGGAUUCCGGGUUGGAGCGCCUUGUACGAAUUUAGCGAACGUGAAAGAAGACGAGAGGGAGCGUGGAGUGAAAAUGUCCACGCUUCAGUCGCGCGCUUCACUGAAAGAGCGGCUUUCAUUGUCUUACGGUGAUAAGACUCCCGGGGUUUUGGGGCUGAAGAACCACGGGAACACCUGCUUCAUGAACGCGGUGGUGCAGUGCCUGAGCAACACCGACCUGCUGGCUGAGUACCUCGGAUUGGAGCAUUAUAAAAUGGAUAUUGGUGAAAACACGAUGAAUCACGUGAAGAAAGUGUGGAGUGAAGACGCGCAGCUCGCGCCGGGAGAGGUGACUGAGCAGCUGGCGGCGCUCGUGAGGGCGCUCUGGACGCUGGAGUACACUCCUCAACUCUCAGUGGAGUUUAAGACGAUUGUGUCCAAGUAUGGCUCUCAGUUCCGAGGGAAUUCCCAACACGAUGCUCUGGAGUUCCUGCUGUGGCUGCUUGACCGUAUCCAUGAAGACGUCAACUCCUCAUUAUCAUCCCCAUAUGGAAAAGACAGGAUCAAAACCAGUGGAAAGGAUAUUGCAGGAGGGGAGGAAUUAGCUAACUCUGAGCUUCCAGAUCAGCAGCCGGGUGUACGUCACAGCUUUGUACAGGAGCACUUCCAGGCCCAGUACAAGUCAUCUCUGACAUGUCCUCAUUGCCUUAAGCAGAGUCACACCUUUGAUCCAUUCCUUUGCAUCUCUCUUCCCAUCCCUUUGCGUCAGACCAGGCCAGUGUGUGUAACUCUGGUGUUCAGCACUAAAGGGCAGAGGUACUUAAGAGUGGGACUGGCUGUGCCUUUAUUCGGUUCUCUGGCCUGUCUGCGCAGAAUGGUGGCAGAUGAGGGAAAGAUUUCCCCCGACCAAGUGAUUUUGACUGAAAUUUACACAACUGGUUUCCAGCGCUCUUUUUUUGAUGAUGAUGACUUGACCAGCAUCGCAGAAAAUGACGUCAUUUAUGCCUUCCAAGCUCCGCCGCUUUACAUCCGGGGAGGAUCCACUAGAAUAUCAGGCUACCACCACAGUCUCCCUUCUUCACCGUACUCGUCGUCUGGGCCCGAGGCUCAGAGACUGGCUGCAUCCGGGGCACUCUCCUCCGAGUUCCUCAACCAUGGAGGCGGAACAGCAAAGAUUCUAAUGCUGGUGUGUAACGCAGCUGGAGCAGGCCAACAAGCUGUGAGGUUUGGACCACCGUUCCUGAUGAGAGAGGACAGGUCAGUGUCAUGGGAUCAGCUGCAGCAGAGCAUCCUCAGUAAACUCUACUAUCUGAUGAUCAGUGGAGCACAGCCACAGAAUAACAGAGUCCUGUUUAAGAUACGUGUUGUUGGGGGAUCAGUGUCCUGUAGCUACUUGAAUCCGCAGGAUGGACGUCCGCUUUACCAUCCCGCGGUAGACAGAGCUCUAAAGCUGUGUGGUUCUGGUGGUCCUCCACAUGUGAAGCUGAUUGUGGAGUGGGAACACAGAAUAAAAGACUGUCUCUUUGGUAACAUCCAGGAGGAGGUGGUGAAGGAUUGUGAGAGUGUACGUGCCCAGCAGCAGCAGCAUGUUCAGCAACAUAGCUGCACACUGGACGAAUGCUUUCAACUUUAUACUAAAGAGGAGCAGCUAGCUCCAGACGACGCAUGGAAGUGUCCUCACUGCAAGCAGCUGCAGCAAGGCAUGGUUCAGAUGAGUCUGUGGACACUCCCAGACAUCCUCAUCCUCCACCUCAAGCGUUUCAGGCAGGUGGGCGAGCGACGAAACAAGCUCUCCACUCUCGUACGCUUCCCGCUCACAGCCCUGGACAUGGCACCCCAUAUGGUCAAGAGGAGUAACUGCACCCGCCUGCCUUCCGCAUGGAAACAGCAGCUUCAUCAAAGGACUGAAACAGGCCAACAUCCUGAGGACUUCCUGUAUGACCUAUACGCGGUGUGUAACCAUCAUGGAGGCAUGCACGGAGGUCACUACACAGCAUACUGCAGGAAUUCAGUGGAUGGCCAGUGGUAUGGUUACGAUGAUAGCAGCGUAGAGCUGGUGCCUGAGGGUGAAGUGUGUACCCGCGAGGCAUAUAUCCUCUUUUACCAGAGACGCAACAGCAUUCCUGCAUGGUCAGCCAGCUGCUCGCUCCGAGGCUCUACAAGCUCCUCCGUGUCUAAUCACUGGCUCGUCCGUUUGACGUCUAUUUCAGAAGAAAGCCAAACCUCGAGUCCCACGACCAAGACCUCCUCAGCUCCUGAACCUCAAACGCCAACUUCCCCUGUUUUCUAUGAGCAGCCAAAAGGAGAUGCUGAUGGAUUUGGGUCGAGACCAUUUGUCCGUGGCACCCAAGGCCGUAGCGUAAGCCUGCGUUCACCCACCAAGAACAAGGAGAACCUGGCCAAAGUGCUUCCUCUACGCUGGUCUUUUGGUUCCAAGGACCGCAAGAAAGUCACCUCUGUCCCUCAGACCACACCACUGCAGUCUGGAGAACUGGUGGAGUACCUGGAAUCCGGACGGAGGCCACGGUGCACCAAGGAGCCCAUAGUGAGCCUGGUGGCUAGUCCUGCUCAAAGUAAAGCCCAGCUUCCUGUGGAAGACUCGCUCAGCUCGCCUAGUGGCAGCAGCGGCUUUAGUGGAGCGGAGCGUGGAAGUUGUCGUGAGCCAGACUCGCCUCGAGUACCUGAAGGCCAGAGCAGACCAGCUUCAGACAGAGGCACUACUAAGGGCAGAGAUGAAGGUUUACUAACCAGGAGGACAUCAAAGAGGAGACAGGAGCAACACGGAAAGAAUCAAGACGGUCAGUCCCGUCGCGAAUCCGCUUCUGGGCAUCAGCCUGGGACUAGCACAGCUCAAAGUUUUGCGAACAGCACAAGUGAAAGCAAAAAUUCCACAUUAAAGCAACACUGGAACCAGCCAGCUGGAGCUACCAGGACUUUGUGCAGUCAAAACCAGCAAGAUGAUGUUGCAGGGAGCAGGAAAGAGGAGACUCACGACAUCCCAGCAUUCCUUAUGCCAGGCAAUGUUAAGAAGGACAACCAGUCAAAGGACGUACGUGCCAAAGAAGCAGGUCAAGGAAGAACGCUAACAAAUAAGAGCUCAAACAAGCUGUCCGUGUCCAACGGCACUCCAAAUGGACUGGUAGCAGAGGCGAAAAAAGGCAAUGGCACCCACAGGAGCAGCAGUGCACGGUACUACAACAAGACUCUGAUCAAUGGAAGGGAAACCCACAGUGGUGGUGGUGGUGGUGGGGAUAUUAAGCGUGCGCUGAGCUCUUCCAGCCUUCAAAGCAGACUGGAUCUGAAUCUGAGGAGGACGGUGUCCCUCCAGAGGAACGGGUUGCUGGUUCCUCCUCAGAAGGGACACACUGCUGAUAAACCGUCCUACAACACAUUGCAGAGGAACAAAUAUAGCACCACUUCACUAGGCAGACAGAGACCAGUGCCCGAGUCCUGCUUCUGAUAUCAGGAAAGCUGAAGCAUGUGAGUGUCUGGUUUAGGUGAAAAAUCAUUCCAGUCUGAGUGCCUCCCCUGAAGAGAAGAUAUUUAGGGUACUUUCACAAAGGCUCCAGUUGAAGGCAAAAAAAAACCAGAUACAAUAUUUUUACUAAGAACAAAAAAAAAACCGAAAUAGCGUUUUUAAACAACUCGUUUUAAAUUCUGUAACAAGACCAGUUAAUAAUGUGAUUCGUUUUAUAGAGCCCACAAAUGAACAAGAAUUUUAACUAGCUUAUUAUUUAUGUUAUCUUCAGACUUUCACAUAGCUUUUAGGUUAACAUACUGUCACAUGUUUGUAUUCAGCGUAUCAUCUCUGUGCUGUGGCUCUAGACACGAAAAGUAAUGGAAACGUGAAAAAAAUCACACAAUAUGCAGUGUAAGGAAUGAAAACACAACAGGACGUGCCAUCAUAGCAAACUAAUCGACAAUGUAGAAUGCUGUUGGCUUCUAAGAGUUUUAUUUAUCUUAUACCACAGCAAUUUUCCAACAUUACAAUUCUUUAUUUAUUACAGAAAAACGCGUCAUACUUUUUAACAGUUUUAUAUUAAAUCAUUAUAUUUACUGUUGUGGAACAUCCACAAAAAUGAGUUCAUUCCUGUUAUCACUUACACAAAUGGCAGCUAUAAAUCGUCGUUCCCACACGUUAUCUCGAAAUGAAUAAGCUUGUUAAAGAGAAAGCGUACAGAGCAAAGACUUUCCCACUGCACGUCGGACUGUUACACGGUGCUGACACUGGAGACUCCUUCCAUAAAUCUUUAUUAGCAUCUACUGUACGUCCCCUGGAAUGAGCUGUUAUUAUAAGAACGAUAACGUAUUCGAACAAGCGCAUUCAUAUAAACCUGUGAUCUGCCGUGCAGUCAGCACUACUGUCAGAGCCAUGCUGUUAAAGAAUAUUAAUCAAUAUCUUCUGAACAAUCAGAAUCCAUAACUCAAGAUAUAAUGUGAGCCAAUCAGGAGGGUUAAUAACCGCAGCUAAUGACAGAAAUGUCUCAAAUCACAUGAAAUCAAAUGUGAUUGCAGCCUUUUGGGUAACUUUGAUGUGCAGCUUUGUUAUCAAAACUAAGAAAUCCUAAUUAUUUUUGAAUCCUCCCCCCGUUUAUUUUUAUCCAGAAUAAUGGUCACCGGUAGGUUUGCGACACCAUACAAACCAGGACCCUGGAACUGUACGUUUCUAUGUGACGCUUCUGUGAUUUUCAGAUAUUCAUCCAUAAGGUCUUGACUAAAUAAGAUACAACUGAGAUUUAACCUUUUUUUUUUUUGUAUGUUUAAGGAAUAUUUUGCUGUAAUAUUUCUCACAUAGUAUAUUCAGUGUCAUGUAAAUAACAUCUUUAUAAUAUUAACUCGUUUUUGCCAAAAAGCUCAGCUAGAACCUUAUAUUCAUAAGGUUUAUAAUGUCAGUCAAGAGGUAGACCUACAGAUUUCGCAGGGAUCUGGUGCUUCAAAAAAAACAACAGCCGCCAAAUUUCAUUAUAUGUGUGUAAUACAAACAAAACUACAGGUGUAAUAACUUUAGAAAGCCAACAUUAUAUUUUAUGUAAAACAUUGAGAUGCAUCGGUACAGAUACUGGGAUCAAUUAUCAGAAUAAUACCACGGUCAUUUAUUUAUACUCGUACAAAUGCUCCGAUACCAGUGUCUGAUACUGCGUGCUACUGUGUGACGUAUGUUGCAGUGUAUGUUGCAGUGCUACUGAACAGACGACACGAAAUGACACUGAAUGACCAUCUUGUGAAUACUGUAUAUGUGAAAUUAUCAAGAGUACAACAGAAUCUUCCUGCGAUACAAGUAGCCUGAUAAAACAUCUUGUGGCGUUUAAGCAGUAUCUCUAAUAGAGAGCGCGAGAACGGCCAACCUGGCAGUACCAGCAAGUGCCGUCAUUAAAAAGCGGCUGUAAAUCGUGCACACAACGGUGUAUCCUUGCGUGUGAAGUGAGCAUGUAGAGAAACCGUUGCACCUGAGCGCACUUCAGUUCUGCGAGCACUGAGACACGCACACUUUCUUUCGUCUAGUUCUCCAGGAUCGACACUCGCUUGUGGCUCAGCACUUUGCACUUUUAAUGACCGCACUUGUUGAUACCGCUCUGCAUGCUCAAGCCAGCUGUUCUCAUGCUCUCUAUUAAGCAUACCAUUUUAACACCAUUAUACACUUUAUGACCAAAAGUAUGUGGACACCUGACCGUCACACCCAUACUGCAUGUGGGGUUCUUCCCCAAACUGUUGCUACAAAGUUGGAAGCACAGAAUUGUGUAGGGUGUCGUUGUAUGCUGUAGCUUUAUAAUUUCCCUUCACUGGAACUGGAAGAGGCUCAGACACGUUCCAGCAUGACAGUGCCCCUGUGCACAAAUCGAGCUCCAUGAACACAUUGUUUGGCAAGGUUGGUGUGGAGGAACUCGAGUGGCCUGCACAGAGCCCUGACCUCAACACCACUGAACACCACUGGGAGGAACUGGAAAGCCAAAUGUGCCCCAAGCCUCCUUACCUGACUUACCACUAAUGUUUCUGAAUAACCCACGCUCCUGUGGGGGAGGGGGGGGGUCAUUAAAGUGCAUGUUCGGGGGUACUGAAUUUAUUCAGUUCUGUUUGUUUUGGUUGCUGCUUCAACAUUAAACUCAGCACUAGCAGUUCAUUGGUAGCAGGAACCAACACAAACAAAACUGUACAAUAAAUUGUUCAGUGAUGCCUCUGCUUGAUCAAUACUAAGUAAGUUAUUCAUUUUGUUAUCAGUAUCGGUAUCAAGAAGUACCACGAACAUGCACUUGUUCUUGAUUGGGGGAUGGGGGGGGGAUCAGUGUGUCCCUAGUAAAACGGAAGCAUUACAAUAUUUGUUCCGCUCUGAUUUAUUUGUUUUAAAUUGCACUUUAGCUUUGAUUUUCACGUAUAUCCGUGUAUAUCGUGUAUAUCUUGAUCUAUUUCUUAUAGCAUUUGUAACCUGAAAAAGCAUGUGAGGAACUGACCGCCCCUUUCACAAAACAUUUUCUGGUACUGUCUGUAUACAUGGUUUCAGACAAGCAAGGAUUUGGAAUAUGCUUCUUUGUCAAGCAGACCCUAAAAUAUUUCGUCUUUUUUUUUUUUUUUUUUUUUUUUUUUUUUUUUUUUUUUUUUUUUUUAAUGCUUUGGGGAACUGCACAAUGGAAAUGAAUGCAGGAGUCAUGGUGUGCUCUGCAUUUUUUAGGUAAUAUUUUCUGGUUUUAAAUCAAAUAUCCACUCAGUUUUUUUUUUUUGGUUUGUUUGUUUGGUUUUUCCAGAGCACAGCACUAGUUACUUUCCUAAUGUACACUAGUUGGAUCAACAAGCACUUGGUUUGUUCCUUGUGAAAUGUACCAUAUGUGAGAUACGUAUGCCAGAGAAGCUAAGUAUGCAAUUAAAUCUAUGUUUAUGCAAUUAAAUGCAGCAGAACAGAUCAAUUCUUAUAAAAACAGAAACAGCAGUCAGUGUCUAUUGGCAAAACAGCUCAAACUUUGAUUGUGAUAUUAUUUAAGUGCCUUUUUCUAGUGUUCAUGAAGGAGCACUGGUAUAAAUGUUUUCUAUAUAGACACAUGCACACUCACAAAUGUGUUCUAGACGGAGUGCACGAUUGCAUAUGAUUCAUCACUAUAGUUAUUACACAGAUUGAAGAUUAUGGCACCAUAUACAGACCACACACACACAAACACACACACACUGUUCACAUCACCUGCAUCAUCUCUCUUGUUCCAAUCCAGAUGCAGUUAGAAAGAGAAGCAGGUGCAGUUAAUGUAUGAAUCAACUUUUUUACUUUUUUGUCCUUUAUUCUGUCUCUCUUGUCAACAUAGCAAAGAUCUCAGAGUUUCCUAAAAGCAUUACACACGUUCAAAUAGCAACAUCACAUCGAACACUCCAGAUAAGACUAUUUUUUGUUUUUUGGGAAAUUGGGCCUUUGUUCACUACAUUAAGUUCAUACAAGCUGUAGAUCUGUUAUAAUAUUGAUAAUAUUACUAUUGACAAAAUGGCUGGUGUGCAUUUUUUCACAUUGUUUGAAUUCAGCAGCAAUAUGUAGAUAUAUAGUGAGAGAAAUUGCACUUAUCAUGUAGCCAGGAAGUCAGACGACAACUCUUUUCGUUUAUUUUUAUUUUUAUCUGAGAGAUUGAUGUCAAGCUUUAGCCCUAUCUGUCCUGAAAAGCUAAGGGUUGUUAUAGUGAGUGGCACUGAACAGGAACCAAAAUAUAUUUAACUUUAUUAUUAUUUUUUUCAUUGAUGGAUUCAUUACUGUUCAAGCAACUGUAUCUAUUUCCAUACAGACUUCCUUCUGUACAGGCGUUCCAAGGAGUUUAGGCUUGUCCAAAGAUGAAGUAGAUAAGUGACAGGUGUUAGUAGAUUAUUUUAUUUAUAGUGAUCCAGUGGAGAAGUACCCUCAUUUAGCACACACCAGGUUUUUUUUUUUCUUCUCUCAUCCCACAACCUGAUGAAGGAUUUAUAUACUUAUAUAAUUAAUGCAAUCACUUAGCUCGCCAUACAUUAUUACAUUAUUUAAGCUACAAUAGUACCAUUUUUAGUCUAGUUCAUUAGAUUUCUGGGCAUCUGGAAUUUCAGUCAAACCAGUGAAAGCAGAACAGUUUCUGUUCAAGUGACCAGACGGCUGAGAGUUCGAAUCCAAGUACUGUUAGCCACUGCUGAGCCAUUGAGUGAGACUCUUAACUGAAUUCUGCCUUACUUCUGUCACUUUGGAUCCAAGCGUCUGCCAGAUGAGUAACUGUAAAUGUAGGCAUAUACAGUAUACUUGUCACCCAGCUCCCUGGUUAAAUGAAUUCUGGUUUUAGGACUACAAAAAACUGCAUCUAGCAUUUCCCAUUUCAGAUCAGUAACUAUGAUGAGAAUGAAUUAUGUUUUGCAUUUGAAGUACUAUAAUGAAGGAACAUUGUUGCUGUUAAGGGUUAACGGUUGUGGAUAUAUUUUUAUGCAAACUUUUGUAUUGGAAAACUUUUUAACUACUCUGUAAUUAAUGUAAAUAUAGCUGUACAAUUGUGUAAUGAAUCGUUUUGCUCAAGAUACUGAUUAAAUGGCAAAAGACAGGAAUGAAACAGAUGUAAUCGACACACUGGAAAGAAAUCUUAUACAUGUUUGUACCGUCACUUUAUAUAGCAUAUUGUACUUUAUUUUUAAUAUAGCAAAUUAAACACUCUAUUUGUCACUGUAA